AUGGAGGGAGGCGCGGGCGUGGGUAGCGUAGCAUCCCUCACGAUGGACUGUGAGGAUAUGUUUAAAGAGAUAACAAAAAAACUAUACGGCGAGGAGGCGACAGUUGGCGUGGGAGUGGGAGUGGGCGUGGGCGGCGUGGUGGGCGUCGAGUUCCCCGCGGCCGAGCGCGACCUGCAAGAGGAUGAGCUGCGCCCCGAGGAACACAUUACUGCGUGGGGUCUCGCCGCCCUCAUGCAGAAUGGAUUUCCACCACCGGGGAUUUUACAGGCAAAUUUCACACCCCGGACGGACCCAACGGCGGAGGACAGGUGGACGGCGGCAGAGGAGCCGCUGGCGUGGGCGCACUCGCGUGUGGCGGCGUACAACCCCGCGCAACGACUGUUCAAGUGCACUGACUGCGAGUGUGUAGGGUUCCUAGCGCGAGUAGCCGAGCACUGGUUGGGGACGCACUCUCAGGCUCGGGCCUUCCAGUGCCCGCUGGCAGGAUGCGGCUUUGCGAGUGGGUGGGCGCGCGCUGUGAGACAGCAUCUCGCGCGAGAUCACCACUCUGACCCCGCUGCCGCCGAUCAUCUGCUACGCGACAACCCUGCGCUUGAUGAUCUCACACGUUAUCUUCAACGAUUGAAGAAUAAAGUAGAGGCAGCGCGCACAGAGAGACGUGCGAGCGCUAGCGCCGUGGCGAGUACAGUGGUAGGGGAGACGAGCGCACCUCAGCCCGAGAGCGGCGGCGAGGGUGGCAAGAGAUACGCGUGUGGCGCCUGUCCCUACGCGACCGACCGCCGCGACUUGUUCACGCGGCACGAGAAUAUCCACCGCGAUGAGAAACCAUUUCAUUGUUAUCUUUGCCAGAAACAAUUCAAUCGUGCGGAUCAUGUGAAGAAACACUUUCUGCGUAUGCAUCGGGAUCAGCCGUAUGAUCUUAACCGCAUACGGCGUUCGAGUGGCAAAAAUGCAACUAAUGGGGGUAGUUCGUCGCUGUAUUGCGGUAACCAGACCGGAGGCGGCGGCGCGGUGGCGAGUGCGAGCAAGGCGGCCGAGACCACAAUGCCCACGCUGACGCCGGCUCCCUCGGUCGAUUGCCGCACGGCCCCCGUCAAGCUAGAGCGUGCGCCACUUGGGAAAACUGACACGCCUUCCGCAGCAACUCAUAAGCCCAGUGCAUCAAGUCCUGUUCGCCGUAAAGGAGAACGACGCUACGCCUGUUGCUACUGUACGUGGUCUGGUGUGGACAACUGGUGCCUGAAGCGCCAUCUCAAUACACAUUUGAAGCCUUUCGCGUGUGCCCUGUGCGAGUACAAGGCGGCGCGCGCGGAGCGACUCGCCACACACGUGCACAAGGUGCACAACAAGAAAGCCUGCGCUAAGUGCCCCUACCUGGCCGAUGACCAGCAACAGUUGGCACUGCACUUACGAGAUGCCCACCACAUCGAGAGCCGCAAUUUGAAAGUGCCUUCGGGAGUGGGCCGGGGCGGGUUUGCUGCGGCGCCGCAGUCGACAACUAGUGCAGUACAGGCGCAGGGAUCCGUCGCGUCCGGCGGGCAGCCGGUGAGUGGCACAAGUAGCAGUGCAGGUACUAGUGUGGUGAGCAAUACCGGCACAAGCGCCGCGGGCGUGCGUCGACGAGAAAGCCGGGCUGCGGGCGCGGCGCGUCUCUUUGGCUACUUAGAAGCCUCAGAUGGUUCUGGCGACGAAUACGAACCACCCCCACUACCCGCAGAGUUCGGCGCCACCCCCCACUACACCCGCGACAAAGAAAACGCCGCGCCCGCGCCCCUUCAUCACGCUCUGCAUCACGAUCACUGCCUUCGCUAU